AUGGGAUACGCAAGGGAACAGGAGGAGGAUAACUCAAAGCUGUUAAUUGCGACGAUGAUGUGCAUCAUCGGAUUGCAGGUUCAUGUUCACGUCAAGGACGGUUCGGUUUUCUCCGGUUUAUUCUACACAGCUUCUCUCGAUCACGGCUUCGGCAUUGUUUUGAAGGAUGCGAAAAUGACUAAAAAGGGGAAGAGUAAAGCGAAUGUAGCAAGUGGAAGUGUGGUCGAGACUCUUGUUAUUACGUCUUCCGAUAUUGUUCAAAUAGUUGCUGAGGGAGUCUCGCUUCCAUCAAAUAUUACAGGCAAUAAUGAGUUUGCGAACGUUCGAUCAGCCACAGAGACUUUACAUUCUGAGCCUCGCUUCUCUGCUGCAAACAAGUCUAAAAAUAAUUGCUUUGAAGGAAGGGGUAAUCAUCAUAGGAGACAGGCUGGAGCCAAGAUUCUGAACCGUAGUGAAAAAGUUCCUGAUGUUCACCAGUUGGAUAAUGUUAGUCUUGCACAAUGGAUAGUUCAUUUGCUCGAUUCAUUACUUAACAUGGAUAGUAUGUCCGAACGAGUUAAACCAAUAGAAGAAGAUAAGUUGGUGCUGGAACCUAUAAGUAAUGGUUUUCACGAUGUUGCUAAAAGGCCCUCUUCCAUUGACAAUUCAUCCUCACAAAGUACAACCGUUGAUGAAACCUCAGAGUUGUGUCAGGGUUUAGAGGCACCUCCUAAUGAACCAGUGCCUAACCAGGCCGUCAAAAAGGCUAAGGAGUUCAAGUUGAAUCCAGAGGCAAAAAACUUUUCUCCAUCUUAUACAAAAAGUCUUUCACCGGCUCCUAUUACUAUGCCUGACAUUGGAAAUAUUGCUUAUAUACCAAGCAACGCUCCCAUGCUACCUGUUCCUGAAGCUGUUUACACAGAACUUGGGAACAACCCUUAUAUGCCCCAAACAUAUCCACCUUCCAAGUUUGUGCCAUACGGUAAUUUGGCUGCUGGAAAUCUUGUCGGUGUUCAUUUUCCUCAACACAUGAUCGGGCCUAUUGUUAACAAUGCACAACCUCAGAGAUUCACCUCUCCGUACCAAUCUGUUCAAGCAUCACCAAUGUUUGUUAAUCCAAAUCCUCAGGUUGUAAUGGUUGGUAGAUCAGGAGAGCUUGUAUAUGUUCAACCAGUUUCUCAGAAUCAGGUUCAGGGAAUACCGCCUCUUCCAUCUAUGCUUUCCCGCCCUCUACCUUUACCUCCCACACCACAUGUCCCAUACCUGAAGCAUCAAGGUGUAGUUGCAGCUGGCCAGCCGCUGCAGUUAUGCGUUUCCCAACCGUUCACGACGGGUGUACUGCAACCUUACAGCGUUCCCGUCCAAUAUCCAGUUAUGCAGCCUCCUUUCCCGACGAAUCAGCCAAUGCCAGUUGCAGUUCCUAAUGGCUUCUUUGGCACUUUCCAUAAGUAGAGUCUCAAUAUUUUGGUUUCAUACCUUUAUUCUUUGCCUCUCCAACCUACGAAGGGUUCACAAAAAGAUGUGUUCUGGGGUUUUUUGUUCGGUUUUGGCUAUUACUGGUUUUUGAUUCAUUGGUUUGUCGAGUUGGAUUGGAUAAAAAAACCGUUGUAGAAUGUGAAAACAUUAUAUCAUUCUUUGGGUGAG